AGUAACAAAAAAUAUGACAAUUCACUUUGAAGAUGACAAAGACAAAGAGAUGUUGGUUCAAUGGCGGGGUCGAUUUGAGACCAAAAUCAAAGAGUUUCAUGAGGAACUUGUGAGAGGAGUGAAAAGAAAACUGGAUGAAGUGAUCCAGCAAAAUAAUGCUAGAAAAAUGCUUGACAAGAAGAAGACAGAGUUUGAAAACAAUCUGUUCCAGAAGAGCAAAGAGCUUGCUCACCAGUUAAAAUGCAUUGAUGAUGAAGAGGAACUAAAAGCACAGUUCAGCACUGUUUGGAGUCAGUGGGUUAAGGAAUUAACCUCAGAUACAAAAUCCAUUGAGAACAUAAACUUGGAGGAAGAUCAACUACUUGUCCUUAGAGAUCUUGGUGUUGAACAUAAUCUCAUUGAUGUAAAAAGAAGUAAGAGAUACAAAAAUCUGUCAGAAAUAGGUGAUUAUUCUGAUCACAUAAUAAGAAAGAGGAUCAUACAUAAUGUCACAAGAUUUUUAAGACUCAAUAUUCAAUCACAUGAAGAACAGGAACUGAUCAGAUCAUUUAUUAAAAAAGUUGAAAAAAAAUGUCUUGAGAUCAUUAAGAGCAAACCUGUUGCAACAAGAGGUUACAGGUCAACCUACUUGCAGGAACUUGCCAAAAAUGUCAAACAAAGAGUGACAGAGUUUGAAUCAGGGAAGAAAUUUACAUUCAAGAAGGAGUUUACAGUUGACCUUUCACUGUAUGUGUUUGAUAGGGCAGAAGGUUGGCUCUUAAACUCCCACAAGAUCUACAGAGACAACAAUGAUGCUCUGACUUAUUUGGACAACAAGAAAAAUGAGUAUUACAACAUUUUCAGAAGCUUCUGCAAAGGAAGUUCAUCUGCUGUGGUGUUUGGAGAAAUUAUGUGUAAAAAACUCAAAGUCUCUGCUGUUGAAGCCGUCUGUAACAAGACUGGAGUUCAUAUUGCUGGAGAGAUGAUGUGCAGUUUCCCAGCAUUCAGUGAGAACAGACUGAAUUUAGAGAAACAUGUGUUAGCAUCUCUGGCAGAGAAAGAAGACUUUAGCAGGUUCACCAGCUACAUCAGAAAUCCAAGAGCUCAAGUAGAGGCUUUCAUCAAAGAAGAAGUAAAGAAAUACAUGUUCACGACACAGAAAGUUAAAGUCCAGACUAUUCUCAAGAAAAAUAUAGAAGAUAUCACCAGAGUCAUCAGUCAGGCUUUGUUUGAAGCAACAGAGAAAUUCAAACACGGAAAAGGAAACAUAGAAAUGUGGGUGGAGGAAUUUUCUAGUAAACUGAAACCAAAUUUGACACUUGAUACCAUUAGUUGUCAAAACUUCAGUGACAUAAACAAUUUUGAAUUUCUUAAAGAAGAAAUAGAGAAAGGCCUGAAAAGCAUCACAACAGAGAUGAGCAAACUCUCCCUGGAAAAAGUGAAUGACUGCAGGCAGAAGCCUGAUCAGAUCCUGAUUGAUCAGCUGUGUAACUGCUGCUGGGAAAGGUGUCCAUUCUGUGCUGCUGUUUGCACAAACACUUUGAAGGACCACAGUCCUGAGAAACACAGCGUUCCUUUUCAUCGACCCUCUGGAGUCGAAGGUUGGCAUGUAAGAGGAACAGUUGAUUUCAUUGAUUUCUGUACCACCUUAGUUACAUGUAAUUUGAGAUUUCACCCAAAACCUGACUCAGAGUGGACAGUUCCGUAUAAGCGUUAUCCAACUGCUGGAGGAAAAUAUCGUUCAUGGAGCAUUACAGCUGAUGCCUCUAUGCUGGCCUACUGGAAAUGGUUCAUCUGCCGCUUUCAAAAGCAACUGGAAUUGUACUAUAAAAUGAAAUUUCAGGGUAGUGGAGAAAUUCCUCACUAUUGGAAAUCCUUCAGUAAGGAGGACGCCAUUGAAAGUCUGAAUGAAAUGUGUCGUUUGUGAGGAAACAAAACUGUUUAUAAAAUCUAAUGUCAUUCCUGAAGUUGAAGGUCUGCUUCCAAUCAGUGUACAAAAAUAUUGAUGUGAAAAUGAAUAGAUAAGCAUAAUAUUACCUUUUGUUUGUAAGUCCUGAUGGAGUUAUGCUUCGAGUUAAAGAUCACUGAAAUGGCCACUAACAUUGAAAUGUCAGAUAUGAGAAUUGACAGGGGUUACAUUAUGUAAACAAGUUUUCUCUUUAUCUAGAUGAAAUC